UUGUCCAUUAUCAUCUUCACACUAUCCAUCGAAUAUCAUUCAAGCCAUACAACGUAAUAAUUUAAAUUAAAAAAAUGUUUAACUGAAACUGACAAAAAUGAGCCAAAGAAAGGUGCGCAGCCGCCGAAACAAGAGCCCUCCGAAAAAAAGCGUUCAACCAAACUGCCUCACAUUGAUGACUCCGAAAACUAGAGAUUUCAUACAGAAAAUCUGUUACAAAAAAGCAGCAUCUGUAGACAUGACCACAAACGGUUUUAUCACGGAAAGCAGGAUGGGGCCGAUCAACGUGUAUGUGAAGCCAUUGAGAGAUCAAAUUCAUAAGAUUGUCGAGGCUGCGAACUCUAGUCAAGAUAAAACAUUUUUCCCAAGGAAACGUGGAGGAGUCAAGAAUCCCGCGAUACGAAAAAAACAGUUCACCAUGAAACCGUCUCUGAAUAUAUGCACUACGGCAAAGUUGCAGAAGAAAUCCGUAGUUUUCAGUGAAUAA